GGGCCCGCGCCGCGCCGCCUCGUCCUCGCCCCGCGGCCGCUGGCCGCCCCGGCCCCUCCCCUCCCCCGUGAGCUGCGCACCGCCGGCCGGCCGACCCAGCGGCCCGCGCUCGCGCCCUUGUCCGCCCGACCCCGCGGCGGGCUCCAGGCGGCCGGCAACAUGAGCGGCGGCGGCGACGUGGUGUGCACCGGCUGGCUGAGGAAAUCGCCCCCCGAGAAGAAGUUGAGGCGCUAUGCCUGGAAGAAACGAUGGUUUAUCCUGCGAAGUGGCCGGAUGAGCGGUGACCCAGAUGUUCUGGAAUACUACAAGAAUGAUCACUCUAAGAAGCCCUUGAGGAUCAUCAACCUGAACUUCUGUGAGCAGGUGGAUGCAGGCCUGACCUUCAACAAGAAGGAGCUGCAGGAUAGUUUUGUGUUUGACAUCAAGACCAGCGAGCGCACCUUCUAUCUGGUGGCCGAGACGGAGGAGGACAUGAAUAAGUGGGUCCAGAGCAUCUGCCAGAUCUGUGGCUUCAAUCAGGCUGAGGAGAGCACAGACUCACUGAGAAACAUGUCCUCUGCCAGUCACGGCCCCCGCUCUUCUCCAGCGGAGCUCAGCAGCUCCAGUCAGCACCUUCUCCGAGAACGCAAGUCCUCGGCCCCGUCGCACUCCAGCCAGCCAACCUUGUUCACCUUUGAGCCCCCUGUGGCCAACCACAUGCAGCCCACCUUGUCCACCAGUGCGCCUCAGGAGUAUCUCUACUUGCACCAGUGCAUAAGCCGGAGAGCGGAAAAUGCAAGGAGUGCCAGCUUCUCUCAGGGCACCAGGGCCUCGUUUCUCAUGAGGAGCGACACAGCUGUACAGAAACUUGCCCAGGGUAAUGGGCACUGCGUCAACGGGGUCAGCGGUCAAGUCCAUGGCUUCUAUAGCCUCCCCAAGCCGAGCCGGCACAAUACAGAAUUCAGAGACAGCACCUACGACCUCCCCCGGAGCCUGGCCUCCCACGGCCACACCAAGGGCAGCCUCACAGGCUCCGAGACCGAUAAUGAGGACAUAUACACCUUCAAGACACCCAGCAACACUCUAUGCCGGGAGUUUGGGGACCUCCUGGUGGACAAUAUGGACGUUCCAGCCACCCCGCUCUCAGCCUACCAGAUCCCUAGGACGUUCACGCUGGACAAGAACCACAACGCCAUGGCAGUGGCCACUCCCGGGGAUUCGGCCGUAGCUCCCCCUCCCCGACCCCCCAAGCCAAGUCAGGCAGAAACACCUCGGUGGGGCAGCCCUCAGCAGAGACCUCCAGUCAGCGAAAGCAGCAGACACGUCGCCGCCGCUGCCACCAUCCCCAGGCGCAAUACCCUCCCGGCCAUGGACAGCAGCCGGCUCCACCGAGCUUCCUCCUGUGAGUCCUACGAGUACCCUCAGCGAGGGGGCGAGAGCGCAGGCCGGUCUGCCGAGUCCAUGAGUGAUGCGGUCCGUUCUUUCCUGCCAGGGAAAACGCUCGUAGGCCGAUCAGAUAGCGCCAAUUCUGAGGACAACUACGUGCCCAUGAAUCCCGGUUCCUCCACCCUGCUGGCCAAGGAGCGAGCAGGUGAUAAUUCCCAGAGUGUCUACAUCCCCAUGAGCCCAGGACCCCAUCACUUUGAUGCGCUUGGCUACCCCUCAACAGCCCUUUCUCUGCACCGGGGGCCCAGCCGAGGGAGUGAGAUCCAGCCACCCCCUGUCAACCGCAACCUCAAACCUGACCGGAAAGCAAAGCCAACACCACUUGACCUGAGAAACAACACUGUCAUCGAUGAGCUCCCCUUCAAGUCCCCUGUCACCAAGUCUUGGUCUAGGGCUGUUCACACCUUCAACUCCAGCUCCUCCCAGUACUGCCGCCCCAUCUCCACACAGAGCAUCACCAGCACGGACUCUGGAGACAGCGAAGAGAACUACGUCCCUAUGCAAAACCCCGUGUCUGCGUCUCCCCUCCCCAGCGGCACCAGCAGUCCGGCCCCGAAGAAGAGCACGGGCAGCGUUGACUAUCUGGCCCUGGACUUCCAGCCGAGCUCCCCCGGCCCCCACCGCAAGCCGUCCACGUCCUCCGUGACUUCUGAUGAGAAGGUGGACUACGUUCAGGUGGACAAGGAGAAGACCCAGGCCCUGCAGAGCACCAUGCAGGAGUGGACGGAUGUGCGGCAGUCCUCGGAGCCUUCCAAGGGUGCCAAGCUGUGACACGGGCCACCGAGUCUAGGGAGGCACCUGGAGGUCGAGUCUCCGGCACCUCCCCAUCUGUCUGCCCCCGUCUCCCGUUGUCCCCUCCACUCUGGCCUUCAAAGCACUUGCUGUCAGGGACCUUGAACCCUUCUCCUGGGAGGUAAGGGCCUGACUGAGGCACUACUCUGCCCACUCGGGGCCCACCUUUGAUUUUUAUCAGUCACGGCCCUGCCUCUACCCACCUUAGUUAGAGCUAUUGCCAAAAAGCA